AAUACCUUUUUUUGUUUCAGUCCAACUAUGAAUAAAAUUAUUCCUACCAAUUUACCAAACAAACAGUAUCAGUUGCUGUUCACUCAGGGAACAGGGGAAACAAAGGAAGAAAUAGUCAACUAUGAGUUUGACACAAAAGAUCUCGUGUGCUUGGCUUUCAGCAGUGUGGUUGGAGUCUGGUAUUUGCUGAAGAAGCAUUGGAUUGCCAACAAUCUGUUUGGAUUAGCAUUUGCUCUUAAUGGUGUUGAGCUCCUGCACCUUAACAAUGUCAGCACAGGCUGUAUUCUCCUUGGUGGACUUUUUAUCUAUGAUGUGUUCUGGGUGUUUGGCACAAAUGUCAUGGUAACUGUUGCCAAGUCGUUUGAAGCACCAAUUAAAUUGGUUUUCCCUCAAGAUCUUCUCGAGAAAGGACUUGCAGCCAAUAAUUUUGCAAUGCUUGGCUUGGGAGAUAUCGUCAUUCCAGGCAUCUUCAUUGCUCUGCUACUUCGUUUUGAUGUGAGUUUGAAGAAGAACAGCCGAACAUACUUCUAUACUAGCUUCUUCGCUUAUGUCUUUGGUCUUGGCCUUACCAUUUAUGUGAUGCACACUUUCAAGCAUGCUCAGCCUGCUCUACUGUACCUGGUACCUGCCUGCAUUGGAUUCCCAGUCACUGUUGCUCUGGUUAAGGGAGAACUUACUGAAAUGUUCAGCUACGAGUCUUCAGCUGAGAUCAUGCCACACACGCCAAGACUCACCCACUUCCCCACUGUCUCGGGCUCCCCUGCUAGUCUGGUCAACUCUAUGCAGCAAAAGCCCAACUCCCCCCGCCGCAGGCGGACGAACCCGAGCCCCAUGUAGUCAUGUGACCAGGCUUGAGGAGCCAUCAACGGGUCAGGUACGAAGAAAAGACUGCCCUCUGUGACAAAGAGUCUUUGGAUGAAGCCACCGACGAUUUGAAAGAAAGCAAGAAGGAGCAGUAACUGGAGAGGCCAUGGAUCGAUCAAUUUCUUCAAAAAAAAAGUCCUCACUCCAAACUGCCUGCUUUGUGUUCAUUUCGUGCAGAUGCCAUAUUGUACUGACAUGGUCAUGUGUCUUGCGUCCCUGGCAAAUUAUGGGGAAACAAAAGUAUUUUAUUACAUCAUGCUAGAGUGCUAGUUAUUCAGUUCUUCUUGAGUGUUUUCUAUGAAUGUGCCAACUGAUUUGUUUUUAAGAGAAAAAAAUAACCUGAGGGGUUGCACCAGUGCCUAUCUGUAUUUUUUAAUUUAUUUUGAAUAAAUUAAAUUGAUCAUGACUUUUUGAAUUCAAAGGUGCCAGUAUUUUGUUUUGUUUUACAAACAAAUGCAGAAAACUGAAGUUUUUAAACAGCUGUACACUAGUCCAUGUUGUAAAAUGUGUAUUUUAAUGAAAAAAAAAUACCUCAGCUGUUGUUUUUUUACAUGACUGCUUUGGCUCAUAAACUGUGUGUUUUUAAAAAUGAAUUUGGGGUUUAUAUACACCACCUUUUUCAACACGGUGACUAAUGGCAAAUUUAUAGCGCAUUAUCUUGUGCACAUAGAACACCCAUUUGGGCUGUUUAAUCAGAAAAUAAUGGGAUUAUGUGCUUAUACAUACUAUAGUUUUAUAGAUGAGCUAUUUGCUGGAACUUUUUUUUUGUUUAAACUAAUGGACAAUCUUAAUUUUUUUUCUGCAUUUGUUUCGCAAACAAAAGAUGAUCUGAGCUCCGUUUUUACAGUGGCAGCAGAUGAGAUGCACAGAUUGUAAACAGCAAUUUAAAAGAAAAAUCCUUUGUAGCUUUGAUUCUAACAAACAGCAUAAAUAUGAACUAUGAAUAUA